UUCCAGUUGCAUGAAUGUGAGGGAUAAAACCGAGCUGAAAAUGCUCCCUGCUGGAGAUGUCGGGUGUUUUUGUGGGCCGGAUCUUGACCCUGCGGGAGCCGACGCUUGGCCCACUUCAGCGCUGAUCCCCGCGGAUAAGAAGACGGGAGUAAAAUUUCCCGGGAUGACGGCAAACUUCAGUGCGUGAUCGCGAAAUCUACAUACAUGCAUGGAGGAAGAUUUGCGCUUUGACGGGAAGCCGCCACUGACGGUAAGGGAAGAUCCGGGCAGCAUGAGCCGACAGCAGGCAGAGAUCCCCCAUCGGAGGAGAGUCGCAGCGGUGAGCGCCGCCGCUCUGUCCGCCUCACGGCUCACCUUACCCGGGGUCAUGGACGCAGAGGGGAGGGUCGACGAGUCCAGACUGAGGAGGCACAUCUUCAAGAACGGUGGUGUGUCUCCAUCAGAGCGAGGCCUGGCUUGGCGUUUCCUGUUUGGCAUGUACCCAUGCAGCUCCACCGCACUGGAGCGGUCUUUGCUGCGGGAGCAAUUGCUGGUACGUUACCAGGUCAUGAAAAGGAGGUGGCAGCAGUUUCUCCCCUCAGCGGUGCGAAUGCAGCUCAACGGUACUGAUGCCGAGUUGCUUGCAGCGGUUCGGUACUUUGACCAGAGGGAGGCACAAACCCAGCAGCAGGACCAGGAUCAGUCUGAGGAGGUGAAGGACAGGCUGGCAUUCUUGGAGCUUCAAGCUCAGAUACUGUUUGAGCGCAUCACGUUUGACCUGGAGGAGCUGCGGGAAGCCGCACGAAUCAUUGACAAGGAUGUUCCCCGCACAAACAGAGACCUGAGCUACUACCAAGAGGAAGGUUUAGGGAAUCUGUUGGUCCUGAGAGACAUCCUCAUCACUUAUGCUGCUUUUCAUCCAGAAGUUAGCUACGCCCAGGGAAUGAAUGACCUGUGCAGCAGGUUCCUGGAGGUCCUUGACUCCGAGGUGGACACCUUCUGGAGUUUUUCCUCCUACAUGGAGAAGUUCUCCAGGGAUUUCAUGGCUGACGGCUUACACAGAAAAAUAGAGCUGGAGGCUGCUUUGUUGAAGGAGCUGGACCCUCCACUUUAUGCUCAUCUAGUCAAAGACAACAUGGAAAGUUUUACAUUUUGCCACAGGUGGCUGCUGCUGGGUUUUCAAAGAGAAUUUGAGCACAGUGAUGCACUGCGUUUGUUUGAAAUCUUGAGCUGUGACCAUCUGGAGCUGAUCUCACAGCAGGUUGACCGCGCUCGAUAUCAGGAGAGACUGGACCAAAAACACUACACAGGGGACAGAUCAGAGUCACCACAGCAAACCUUCAACACAGACUUCACGUUUGAGCUCUUCAUCUGUGCAGCCAUCCUGCUAGAUAACAGAGAGUCUCUGCUUCGGUGCCGAGAUGACGUGCAGCUAAUCCAGUUUACCAGCAGUCUUCAGGGAAAACUGGACCUGAACAGCACUUUGGAGAAAGCAGAGAGCCAUUUCUACAACUACUGCAAGCGGUGUGCAUGGGAUUAUAUGAAUGGGCACUGCCGAGAAAACAGUAGCAAACCCGAAGACUUCUUUUAUCAACUCCGUAGUUUGUUUGUCCUAAAGUGACAACUUUCUCAGUUGCUAUAAAAUCACAGUUUUCUUCUGUCUGACAUUUUCCUACUGGGACAUAUUGUUUGAUUUACUUCACCUUGAAACCCCCCCCCCACUUGUUUAAAGCUGCUUAAUUGCUUAUAAUUACUAUUAAUGUAUAGUAUUUAUUAAAAGUUAUUCUACAACUGUUGUAAGUUAUUGUGUUUACAAAUGUUAACAGCAUUAAAAACUGAGUCUGAG